AUGAAGAUUCCAUCACGUUCACACGUCCACAUGCUGUCGUACCUCCUCGUGUUAUUGCUUCUCCCCUUGCUGGCCUCCUCAGCCGACCCCGAUUCAUUACAGGAUUUCUGUGUGGCGGAUCAAAGUGCCAGCUCUAUAUCAGUUAAUGGCUACCCUUGCAAACCUGCCUCAAAAGUAACAACCGAUGAUUUCUUCUUUGAUGGUUUGACCAAAGUGGGUGACACAUCAAACAUCUUUGGCUCAAGCGUCACUGCGGGUAAUGUCCUUUCUUUUCCUGCACUCAACACGCUUGGGAUUUCAAUGAACAGAGUGGACUUAGCUGCGGGAGGACUUAAUCCACCCCACACUCACCCUCGUGCAACCGAGAGCGGCGUUGUCAUCUCAGGGCAGGUACUUGUGGGGUUUGUGACACCUGGGAAUGUGUAUCACUCUAAAGUCUUGUAUGCUGGGCAGAUGUUUGUCAUUCCUAGAGGACUUGUACACUUCCAAAAGAAUGUUGGAACAGGGAUUGCCCUUAUCGUCACUGCUUUCAACAGUCAGUUACCUGGGGCUGUGGUCCUUCCCUUCAAUCUAUUUGCUUCAACACCCACGAUUCCAAAUGAUGUUCUAGCUAGGGCCUUCCAAGUAGAAGAAAAGGUUAUCGAAUCUAUAAAGCCGAAGUUCAGUUCUUGAGCUAAGACCUUCCAAUCCAGAUAAUCUCCCCUUUAUCUGAAAAUUGUGUUGUAGUAAUGCUUUUGAUUUGAGGUUGCCUGCCUUCUAUUCUUUUGUUGUUAUUCUUUGUGUUGAUUCAUUGUGUUGAUGUG